AUGCGCGCGGCAGUCCUCGCGCUCUGCUGCUCGCUUGUCGCAAGCGCCAGUUUACGUGUUCUUCAGGAAGAGCUCAACACGACCGAUUGGGCUCACGAGAUGCCGCCAGAGACACUGAUCGAGGUCCACGACAACCUCCCGGACGCACUCACGGCGAUCUCCGACUCGCUCGAUUUGACGCAAACCAACUGGUCGACCGACCAGUUCUUCACUGGAUCGGUCCUUGUGCUGCCGGCAGGCAUCGAUACCAUUGACGAGAAGGGCAUUGCGCGCACGCAGAUCUCGUACAACUACUCGAUGAGCCCACGAGCGUGGAGUCUCGACGCCGACCCGAACGCGCUCUCGAUGGACGGCUGUGCCUACGCCGUAGGUGGCAAAGCCAUGGACCUCCACGUCGCAAACAAGAGCAACUUGUUGCCGUACGCGGUUGGCCAAGUGCUCAUCGCAUCCGCGACGUGGGGCUGCAAGGACGAGAACGACACGUUGUUGCACAUUGCGCAACUACUUGUCGCUGAGAUCAUGGUGAGCCCAUAUGCCAAUAUCGUCCACCUCUGGGCGUCGCAAGCGAGCUUGAACGAGACGUUUGCGACAACGUCGAUUCGCUUCAAGUCCAACGACUUGGGCAACGUGAUGGCAUCAACUUCUCCCUCUGCAACCAAUCGGCGCCUUGACACGUAUGGCUUUUACGAUCGCUACGUCCCGGCUCAGUGCUUCAAGUACGCAUCGGACAUCUCCGUCAACUACAAUUGCCCCGGCACUCAGUACAAGAUGUAUACAUACUCGAGCGGGAAGACCAAGGCGUGCGGCUACAUCUACGACUGCCUCCCCGCGCCCGGGGCGACGUCGAGUGUGAAUUUAACCUACAACAUUGCCACCGACGGCCAAGUUUUUGCCGACCCCGACAUUGAACUCUACCGCUCGGCGGGCUGCGGCAGUGGCAACUACCUCACCGCGCAACCGGGGUCGGGCUGCGUUCGUGUCGGUUGUGCCAACUGCGGUUUUUGGUUUGCGAUCAAUGAAGCCGAAUUCACGUACGAUUAUGGGCUAGCAUAUGGAUUUUCGCCGUGGGCCACGGGCAAAACGUCGGUGACCGCUGCGAGCUACACUAGCAUGGGCAUCUCGCUGUACGCCCCAGACGGCGUCUCGAAGACGUGGUCUAAGCGGAUCUUCUCCACGUCCACGGCUGUGCCGCUCGCGUUUAUUGGCGUCCCGAUCCUCGUCAAUUUUACGCUCUCGGUCGACGAGGCGUUCACAGCCACGAUGCAGACGUCGGCGAACCCGUUUGUGAUCUCCAAGUCCGUCUCCAUGUCGAGUCUCUGGGCGACGAUGGACUUUGACUCGUCGGCGUCCGACACGGUGACGACGGAGGUGACCAAAGUCGUGACGUACGAGGUCCAGCAGCCCAAAGCAGGUGACUACGUCGUCUUCAAAUUUCUCGCCGAGACCACACCGACCAUUGACAUGACCGUCGUCGUGGCCCCGGCCGUCAAUUUUGGCGCGACCGUCGACCUCACGUUCUAUCUCGAGUUGAACGUCAAGGCUGGCGUCUUACCGGCGCUGUCCACGCCAGCGAUUGACCCAUCGAGCAAAUACGUCUAUGGCAACUGCAUGACUCCGCAUUUGCUCGAGAUUCUCGUGUACGUUGGCAUCAACAAGGCCCACAUUCAACCGCACAUCGAACUGUAUUGGGAGUACUCGAAGCUUCUAUCUUAUUCGUCGCUUGCUGAACGGCACAGCAUGCUCAGCUACUGUUACAACCCUCCGUACUCGGCAACGAUUGCGAUUGCGAUCGACGUUGGCAAUGCACAGACGCUGGCGGUGAGUGUCAAUUCCAAGGCCGCGCUUUUGAAAUACCUCGGCGUCGCACUCGGACUCCCAGAUCUGAUUGCGUCCGUGCUUGCGAUACAGAGCAUCAACCCCGCGACGGGCACGGUCUGGAUCACCGCCAUGGUGCCAUCGAGUGUCUCAAACGUUUACCCGACCUCCGAGAGCUUCAAUAAUGCCCUCGCGACGCGGGAAAUGGUGACGACGUUUCGAAAUACCAUCUAUAACGCGACGUACUUCACAGUGGGUGCCUUGUGUCCAGCCGGGUACUGGGGCCAAGCGUGCGCGACGCCUUGUGUGGCGUCCAAUUGUCAAGUUGUCUCGUCCUGCAGCAGUCUCGGUGGCAGCGUGGGCGCCUGCUCCAGCUGUGUCGCGGGCUAUUGGGGUUCGCUUUGCCAAACCAUGUGCUCGGUGCCAUCCGCGUGCUACACGGCAGCGUGCACUGCCGACGAUGGAACCAUCGAGACGUGUCCGCGCUGCAUCGUGGGUUUCUGGGGUGUCCGCUGUGAGAACAAAUGCACACCGAGCAGCAACUGUGCAGCAGCAACUGCUGUCGCUUGCAACUCGACGACCGGCAGUCUCUCCAUGUGUGGCGCUUGUGUGACGGGUUUCACGGGCGCGACGUGCGCGGCGACCGCGCCGGCAGUGGCGGUGCCCCCCGCCCAGGCGUCGUUGGUGCUCUCAGGACUCGCAGCUAGUGACUUUAGCCCGACGGCCAGGUCUGCGUUUGUCCUUUCGGUCGUCGAGACGUUUGCGCAGCAAGGAACGUCGAUCGGGGCCACAGACGUCGUCAUCACAAGUGUCACUAACCAACCAAGUUGGCGCCUUGUCCGUUGCAUCGCCGACAACGGCUGUGCCCACGACGCCGGCGCCGACACCGACAACAACGCCAACGACAACAACGGCAGCGGCGCCGAGCAGUAG